AUGUAAGAUCGAUUAAUCGAACGAUAUUGAAAGUUGUCCAAAGUCGGCGUCGUCGUUUACCGAUGUUAGCCGAGUUUAACCGAAUCGUUGACUUAAUCGUCGAACAGACAGCUGUUCGAGUUUAUCUUUCGUAAAUUAUAUGUGUUAUUUACUUUAAAAAAUAACAUUUGAAAAGUUAAUUCAUAUAUAUUACGUGAGUUUUCUCAUCAAUAGUGCAUUCUAAACGAACAUUUGUGUGUUGUCUUCAUCGACGAAUUAGAAACGUUAAAAAGUGAAUAUAAAAAGAAGGUUAUGUUCCUGACAUCGGAGGAUACAUUAUUAUUGUUAUAAAGAUUUUAUAUACGACAAGGCGAAAUUUUAACUAUUAACAUGUCAGGUUGGAAUGGAAAUAAUAAAGCGUCUAUUCCAUCACGAUGGCUUCAUUGUCCAAGAAAAGCUAUAAAAUUGAUACAAAAUAAAUUCUUAGCAUUUAAGACGCCAUUAUCGUCGGCAUAUAACAGUCAAGUACCAGAAGAAUGUCGAUUUACAAUAGAAAUGCUUUUCGCUUCUUUGAGGAGUCAAAAAGUGAAACUUGGUUUAUGGAUUGAUUUAACCAAUACAACAAGAUUCUACGACAAAAAGGAUUUGGAAGCACAAGGUUGUAAAUAUUUAAAAUUACAAUGUAGAGGUCAUGGAGAAACUCCAUCGGACGAGCAAACGCGUUUUUUCGUUCAAGUUUGCAAAAAGUUCAUAACGCAUAAUCCAUUAGAAGUUAUUGGUGUUCAUUGUACUCAUGGCUUCAACAGAACAGGUUUCUUAAUAAUCAGUUAUUUAGUGGAAAUAGACGGUACCAGUGUUGAUGCUGCUUUAGCAGAAUUUGCUGCAGUUAGACCACCUGGUAUUUACAAAAUUGAUUAUAUCAAAGAAUUAUAUAAAAGAUAUGACGAUGAGGAUGAUACUCCUGAUCCACCACCAAGACCAGCAUGGUAUCUUGAAUAUGAUGACUCUAAUGUAGAAGAAGAUACAAAUGAAGGAUCUAGUACAGAAAAUCAUACCUAUGAACAGGAACCCAAAAGGAGAAGGAAAGAAUAUUUUAAAAUAAAUCCAGUAUUUAUGGCUGGUGUAUCUGGAGUAACACCUAUUGUAGAACAAAAGAAAUUAAUUGGCAUACAAAGACGUGUUCAAGAAAUCUGUUCUUGGACAUCAACAGGAUUCCCAGGCUCUCAACCCGUUUCAAUGGAUUUAAAAAAUAUUAGAUUAUUACAUGAAAAACCAUACAGGGUAUCAUGGAAAGCCGAUGGAACCAGAUAUAUGAUGCUGAUACAAGCUGAUCGAGAAAUAUACUUCAUAGAUAGAGAUAACAGUAUUUUUCAAGCAGAAGGUUUAACUUUCCCUCAUCCAAAAGAUCUAUCCAAAUGUCUUGGAGAUACUCUAUUGGAUGGUGAAAUGGUAAUUGAUAAAGUAUACGGUAAAGAGUAUGCUAGAUAUUUAGCAUAUGAUAUAGUUAUGUAUGAUGGAAAAGAUGUUACUAAAUUACCUUUUCAUCCUGAUCGAUAUGAAAUUAUUGAACGAAAAGUAAUACAAAGUAGGCAUAGAGCCUUGAAGGAAGGAAGAAUACGUAAAGAACAAGAGCCGUUUUCAAUCCGUUUGAAACACUUUUGGGAUGUCACGCAAGCUGCUAAUUUACUUAGUGAAAAAUUUGCCAAAAAUCUAAGCCACGAGCCCGAUGGAUUAAUAUUUCAACCUUCUAAAGAAUCAUAUUGUCCAGGAUUAUCUCCUGAAGUUUUAAAAUGGAAACCUAUUUCAUUGAAUUCGGUAGAUUUCAGAUUAAAAAUUGUUACAGAAACAGGAGUAGGAAUUCUUCCCCGUAAAAUUGGUCAACUGUUCGUAGGUGGUUCAGAUCUACCAUAUGAUCAAAUGAAAGUUACUAAACAAAUUAAAGAUUUGAAUAAUGCUAUUAUUGAAUGUAAAGUAGAAAAUGGUCAAUGGGUAUUUAUGCGUGUAAGAAAAGAUAAAUCAUUUCCUAAUUCAAUAAAUACUGCGAAUGCCGUCCUUGAAAGUAUUAAAAGACCAAUUACGACAGAAUAUCUUUUAGAAUAUAUUAAUAAACAUAGAUUUUUAGAAGAUGAUUCAGAUCUUAUGCCACCACCUAAUAAAAGAUCUAAAUGACAAUAAUCUGUGUUCAUAUGGUGUACUAAAAAUCUUGCAUCUAAAGCUCGGAAGUCUCUUCGCAUUAACUUAGAAUAUGAUUAUGCUAUAAUGAUAAGGUGGUCUCCCGAUGGAAAAGCAUUUAUUGUACAUAAGUCUGUACAAAAUAUUAUAGAGGUUUAUAAAGUUAUUAAGAAAAUGGAUGGUUUUAUAGCAUCAGCAACAAAAGUUCUUGAAUUUCCACAGAAACAUAUUGGAAAUCCUGUCGGUUUGGAUAUUGCAUGUACAGGACGUUAUAUGAUUAGUUGUAGCGAAGACAAUGAUUUAAUUAUAUGGGAUUUAAAAGGUCAACCACUUGCAACUAUAGAACUAAAAUUGGGAUCCACUCACAGAGCACGUAUAUCACCAUGUGGACGUUUUGUAACAACGUCAGGUUUUACACCUGACGUGAACGUAUGGGAAGUAGUAUUUAAUAAAACAGGAGAUUUUAAACAGGUUUCUAAGGCCUUCGAUCUUACUGGACAUUCCUCUGGUGUUUAUGACUUUAAUUAUAAUGCUGAUACAAGUCGUAUGGCCACAUUAUCCAAGGAUGGAACUUAUCGUUUCUACGACACCAAAAUUGAAUUUGAAAAGGGAGAAGAUCCUCAUGUACUUAUGACUGGUUUAUGGGAUGUUACAACGCCAGCUAAUAUUGCAGUUUCACCUAAUGGGGAAGUAUUAGUAAUAACCCAUGGUUCAUCUCUUAGCUUUUAUAACAACAUUACUGGUUCAUUGGAUAAUACUAUUAAAGAUAUUUUUUCUAAUCCUAUAACCUGUGUUGCUUUUGAUGCAUUGGGAGAAUACGUUUUGGUCUCUGGUGAUAAACAUAUAAAAAUAUUCUCUAAUGUAACUGGUUAUCGUGCGGCCAUAGCAUCUGCAAAAUCCAAAUUAAAGCAAAGACAGACAUCGGCUACAAAAGAGCGCCUGGAAAAAAUUAUAAUCGACUCUAAGAGAUUUCUUCAAGAAAUGGGCGAAGAAUGUUCCGAAUGACAUUAGAGAGAUUCUUUGAAAAUAUUUCUGUUCCUAUAACUGAAAUGUUUUAUAUCUGUCUUCUAUAAUUAUAUUCUAAUGCAUUUCAUAAGAUUGUUUUUAUGCAAAAGAAUUGUUUAUACCAUAAUUUUUCAAUGUAUUGCAAUAAAAUAUAUUAUACAAAUUUA